GUUAUACCGUUACUUUGGAUGGGCGAAUGGAAAGUUACUAAAGUCGCAAAAGCAAUUGGCACGGAACCAUCGUACUGCAGACCAAAAAAUUGAUUUGCACGGUGUUAAUGACAGAAAUGCGACAUUACGAGUAUUAACGCAAAUCAUAGUUUUGCAUGGAGCGGCAAGCUCGCCAAUUACGGAGCACAUCAAUUUAAGUGAACAACUGUUGUUGAUGAUUACGAACGGUACAACUUUCGUACAUACAUUGCGGUUAUAGAAAUCUUGUAUGGGUGUUUGUGCUCGAAAGCGGUCUACUAUUCAGUCAAUUUCUAAUGUCUAUGAGCAAGAAAGUGAAAGUUCUGAGUUGCAAAAUUGAAGCCAAAAACAAUUUUAAAAUAUAAACUAAAAGUGCUAAGGAUAAAAAUAUAUUUAUAUUUAUUUAAUGGUCAACAAAGUUCUAGUGUGUUUUGAAGAAGCGUAUACAUAUACAUACCUACAUAAGUGAUGUAUGUACAUAUAUAUUAUUAUUACUAAAGUUUGUGGUUUUGGAGCUGUCAUUUCAUUCCAAUGUCAAUUAACCUUUGUCUGGCCAGGCGCCCUACGCAAUUCUAUUCUUUAUAAAUAUUUGAUGGAAUAGUUUCAGUGGAUAGGUGGAUAUUCUGUCUGACUUUUUGCAAUAGCUUGGAACAUAAUCAUUAAAAAUUUAACGGCAUUGUAGUAGGCAGGCGUAAUGGCGACAGAGACAAGCGCAGUUGAACAUGAAUCCAACGAGUCGGAUGAAGACUGUGAGGUAUACUUCCUCAAACCGGUCAACGAGUACAACAUCGUGGAGAAAAUCAAAGAAGCGAACAAGGUUUUAUUUGAAGAAACGACCGAAGUUAAUGAGAAUGCAGUGUGUGCCGAUGCCAUCGACAUAGCUGGAGAUACAACAACAGAAACAGAGGUUGGUGUCCCACCGCGCAAAGUGACUUUCGCACCUAAUUUAGAAACUUACGAACCGGAUAAUGCGCUCCUGGAAACACUGAAACUUACACGUGAGUUCGAGGAAGCAGUUGCCGAGGCAAAGGAGCUCGAUAGAAAAUUGGCGACUAUUUGUGAAUAUCAGACGAUUACCGAAGAAACAAACGCAAACGCCGAAGAAAUAACUAAUACAGAAGUUGUUGAAGAAGAUAUGACAGAUCAAAAAGUGGCAGAAACUCUGCCUUUAACAGAGGCAGCACAAGAAGGUGACGCAAUUAUGCCGGAGUCAACAGUGGAUGUUCCAAGCGCAAUAGCUGCUGAGUCAACCGCUCAGCCAGAUGUCGAAGAUGAUAUUAUGGAAGAGAUUUGUGAGGAAAUUGUAGUAAUGGAUAUGGAAAAUAAGGAAGUAAAACCAGAUACAAUGAAGAUGCCAGUAGACAACCCGCGACGCAUGGUAAAAAUGCGUACAUUUGAUUGCGCCGAAGAAGAUCCACCAGAUACAAAUGAAGACGAGCAGGACAAUAAAAGUCUGACUAACCUACUAACUUCCGAUGGUGAAGAAGAGUGCUGCAGUGCUGCCACAUUCGAUAUUAACGACGCCAAUAGCGAUCUUGACGUAGACGAUAUUGAAGCGGAUACGAGUACAAACGAAGGCGAAGACAAAGCAAAUAUGCAUGCCGACGAAGAACCCAACUCCUCGAAUAAUGAUGUGACAAAUACGGAGGGCUAUGACAAUGACGACGACGACGACGACGAUGAUCUCUCGAUUAUAGUUGCCUCUUAUCUUCCCGAUGAUUUCGAUCAGAAGCGCUUGAGCAGUGGUCGCCGCAAACCCAUUAAUAAAUCACGGCGCUUACUCGCACCAUUAAGUAAACGCUUUUCUUUCCGCGGUAAGUCACUAGCUCGUAAUGCUAUCGGCACAACAAGCCAUGAUGUAGAUGGUUGUAGCAGUGGCCACAGCGCUACAUCUCGAGCGCGCCGACCUCAUUUACCCCCACCGGAAGUGACCGAUUUAAAAUUGAACUACCGCACCUGCUGCGAAUAUCGACGGCACUUGUCGCAGCCUGAGAAACUACCCAAAUAUACGGGAUAUCUAUCGGAAUAUGGACUGAGUCGCCAGCAACUGGAGGUGCGCGAAGAAAAUUCGCAACGGCAACAGCGUUAUGUAUUGCAGCAGGCAUUGAAGGCCAACGAUGCGGAGAUGCGCAAAAUGCAGGACAAUGAACGGGCCUUCACCACAUGGUUGCGCAAUAAAAUGCGCUUUCCCAUCAAUAAAACCCGCAACAUGUUCGAUGUGAAGCACCGUAGUCUAGAUGCUGGAUCUGGCGGUGGCGCUGGCGCUUGUGGCGGCAAAAGUGCUGUGCGUAAUGCUAGCGGAAAGCGGAAAUGAAAUGACUAAUGAAGUCGUUUAGUUCAAGUAUAAAGGAUCUGCCGUGGAAUGGUGUAAUCAUGUUCGAGCUGGGAAUAUUGAGAGGCAGGAUAGCAAACACAACAAAAUACAAUGAAUUUUGCAUUUUUAUUUGGUUAAUUAUUCGUUAAUGUUAUAAUAUCUUUAGUCUUGCUCUGGCCUAUGUAUUGAUUAAAUUUUUAUUAUAGAAAAUGUUUAUAGUA